AAAGUUGGGAGCGCACCAGCAGCCACAUCCCGAAAACCGACUCCGACCGCAGGGAAAGCGCUUGCUCUUUGUCCCGGUCUCCGCUGGCCGGUACCGUCACUCUACGAGUUAAAAAAAAGAAACACAGCCGUCUCGGUUCGUAUCGCCUUCAAAGCCGUCUACGUCGAUCUUCCCUCCGGUAAACGGGAGGGCUUGCUGUCAGCCAACAACUUCGAGAGACUCCAGCGAGAAACACUUCGUCAAGUGGUGCCCACAGCGCCAGCCAUGGUGCGUUCAGUGAGUGUCGCAAUCCUCGUACUUGUGGCAGUGGUGCUGCUCGCCAGGGCUUCUUCCUCAGCACCCGCCAAUUUUGAGACUGAGUCCUGGGAUAGGGAUCGUCAAAACGCGGUGUAUGACUCAUCAUUGACUCCCGAUGAAGACUACCUUCUCAGCUUGCUAAGGAGUCGUUCCAGCAACUUCGACGUGAUGCCGAAGAGGUCCCGUGGCAUGCUCGACUUCGGGAUGACGCGAGGAGCGUCUGGCGCCAAGGCCGCCAAGGCUCGAUUAGGGCUCAAGCUGGCCAACGAUCCUUUCGGGCCCGGACGCUGAGACGCCCGUGCCGCCUCCUCCCGACCCCCGCUGCGGAAGACCGCAUCUCACGCGAACAUCCCGCCACCCCUUUACUUCGACUCCCAAAGCAACACUCGACCAAACGCCUGUUGAUUCAGUGCCGUAGAAAGAUGCUUUCAUCUUUCGUUCUUCUUUUCUAGACUUUCCGAGCCUUUCUUCUUCUUGUAGUAGCUGCAGCUUCAUGUAUGCUUCGAAGAAAGCAGAAGAGCAUCAGAAUACUGUUCUAAGAAAGAUUGCUGUACAGCACGCAUUUCCGGUCGGCCCUUCUUGUACCGUUAGCUCUGAGUGUACACUGCUUCCGAGGCAGCUCUACGCUUCUGUGUGUUGCAUUGUGAUCAUGCCGUUCUUUGGUGUCGCGUCGCAGCUUGCGUUGAGCAGAAGGCCAAAUGUUUCGAGUGCAUGCCCUGAUCGGUACUGUAUGUCUCAUCGCUGCUCAAGGCAAUCCCGGCUACUUCUCGCCGCAGCAGUAGCAUCUUGAAAGAUUAUUGUUGUUAUGUAGAUAGCCACGUGUCGAAGCCGGACGUGAAAUGAAUAAAACAUAAUUUUAAGGUUGUACGCGCCAAGAAGGUUGCAUGAUUAGCAGGAGUACAUUUGGAUUAGUUUUGACCAUCUAAAAUAAAUUUUUUAACAUGCACGACGUGUGAAGCGUAAAUUUGCAAUAACAUGACGCGAUGACAGAGGUAGAUGUCGGGAACAAAUGUAAAAGAGGGGUACGCUACCGAAUUUCUCGAAAACUGUGAAAUAGAAAUGUUCAUUCAGACUAAGCUGUCUUUUUCUAAAACCAGUGUGUGGCCCUUUUGAGUGUCGUUUAUAUUAAAGCACGAGUUCUCAGUUUGCACACAAUGACACAGUAUUAGCAGUCGAGACCAGUAUUGAAUACAAAAGCUGUACUGACAUGUUGUUCUUCUGCUCAAUGUAAACAUUACGUUCCUCUAGCAGUGUAAAAGGCUAAUGUAACACAGGCCAUCUUGAAUUACUAUACAGAAGUAAGCCUCUGUUCUAAGACCUUGUUGACAUUGUAAUAGUGUAAAGUGUUGGUAUCGUUUUUACUAGCGCAAAACAAGACACUAGUUGAAGGCUUUGUGCAAGUCAAGAUGUCGAUCAAGUGUCAGGACAAUGUUUAGGCCAUUUGGAAUGACCAAUUCUUCUUCUCUGGUCAGUGACACACACUUGUGAGCUUUAAAUUUUUGUAAGCGCUGUGAGAGAAAGAAAUACGUGUUGUUGGAUGCUUACAAAUCUUUUAAACCAGCUCAUAUACAAAUAAAUAUGUGCUGUUGUGUGUAACUUGUUACUGUUGAAGACGCGCAAUGCAAAUAUUUUAUUCGCGUUCAAUGUACGUUGUUGGCAAGUGCAGUUCACGGAAGUAAGCGUACGCUUUGUGUAUUGUUAGUGCAAGGGGUCCUCCUUGACAAUGUCACGUUGACUACAUGUGCACGAAGCAAAUGAUUCUGCGUCUACGGACACUUUGCAAGUCAGUCGACGAACAUCGCAGAGUUUGUAUCGAUGUGCCAACAUUCUGAAAUGUAAUAACGAUGACACUGUUCUGUUUCUGUCGUUUUCAUUUUAGAAUCAUAUAGAAAUAGAUUUUGUUAAUUGUAGGAUUAGUGUAAAGGAUAUGAAGGCUAAACUUUCAUCCGCUUGUUAUCUGUUCAGACAUAAGCUUGUAAUUACUUCGUGAACCUCAGAUUUAAACUAUUGCUUAAUAUGUAUCGAGUCGUUAUGAGACAGUUUUGACUGAUUUUAUACUAUUCUAUGUAGCAAAACAAUUACUUUUAUGCCUUUUUACGCGCAAAGCUCCUGUAGUAAUCAGCAAUAAACGAAUGGUCGAAAUCAUUCCUUCCCUACUGAAAUCUCACUCAUAACGUCCUCAAUUCAAUUCAUUAAGACACGUCCGGCCGCUGUUUUGGACGUUUUUGCACUUCCAUCGGUAUUGAAGCCACCAACACAUACAUUCAAUCUGCAUUACAGAUUCGUUUUGGACGCACCGCUUUCUCUUACUUACAUCCACUGGGUGUUCUAUUUCGUGUAACAUUAAAGUCACGCGCCUUCCGAAUAGCAUAGCUUGCCCGUGUUCAUAUAGUUUUCAUACAGUUCAUUCGCCCCACUUAUGGACACUCAUUACACAAGAUGUUUUCUUGUUUCAAAAUUUCUCUCUCGAGCAAACCAUACCGACCAGCACUAUGCUCCACCGAGAACCAUUAACACUGAUGCCUAACCCGGCUGUUUUUCUUUUUUUUUCUCGUAUGUGUUUGAUAAGCUGCACAGUGAAUAAAUAGGGUAAACCGACGUUCAAUAUGCAGUGGAAAACUCCACACGACGCGUUGUUUUGCAUUCCCAUUUCACCCUUCCUUCUAUUCAUCUCGCCAUUCCAUUAUUACAGGCUGUUUUUUUAGUUGCGUGCAGAAAACAUACUGAAACUGAUACACGUGUGGUUACAGUCGAACAAAAUUUUUGUGGCGAUGUUUAUUCAUGGAACGAUGAGCUAAAUUGAAAUCGCCCUUCACUGCACGCUUGUUUGGGGACGCGUCCGUUCUUGAACGGCGUGGCGUCUGUUUCGAAUGGUCUGCGUGGCCCUUCUGACGACGCGUUAAGGCUCCGACGUUGACGGGCUAAGUUUCGGGGACUUCACGACGGGCGCCUCUGGUGUUUUUCAGAAGUUCUCUGUGUGUACGUAGGCGUAUAAUUCGCUGCAUGCUUAUUUAUAGACUCUGUCUCUGUACAGUCAUUUGUGUCUCGUAGAAGCCCUGCGCACGCUUCCUCCGGAUGCGUAAUAAGCAGGAGUGUCGCCGCUGUAGUGAACUUGUCGAUACAGUUUCAAUAAAAUAUGCCUUUCAUUUCUGUUCAGUGCGA